GACACUGUGUGGCGUCCCUCAAAUCCAAAUCCAUGGGUCUCGAGCUUUUAUUCUCACUUUCUCUUUCAUGAUUUAUGGACACUCGUGGAUCUAUGGAUUACUCAGUAGCCUAACUGGCAAAAGUAGGGAAUAUUAAAUUGUUUUGUAUUUCGUUUAUGUCUGACUUCGCUACAAUGUUUUUCUAAAUCAGUGCUGCUGACAGAGGUCACUAAAGGAGUUGUGAAAGGACGCGAAGGUGAGCUUCAUCUGCUGGAUUGUACUGGUUCCGUCACGGACAAUGUUCUCGGCAACGGGGAAGCGUUGUUUUACCAUUGAGUCUUUGGUGGCGAAGGAAAGCCCCUUAACACCUGAAGACCCUAUUCGCCCUACCGCCCUAAGCUACACGGCGCCUGCUGACAGUUUUCUUAACGGGUAUCAAAGCCCCGCAGGCCGCGCGCUCUAUCCAAACCCCGAGCUGGUGUUUUCGGAGACUGUGAACCAUGCACCUCUCAGCAUGCACCCGCACCAGCUCGGCAGCACACACAUCCAGCACCCGCAUUUCUUUGGCACGCAGCACCGUGAACCACUGAAUUUCUAUCCGUGGGUCUUAAGGAACAGGUUUUUUGGCCAUCGGUUUCAAGGGAACGACGUCUCGCAGGACACGCUGUUACUCCACGGCCCGUUCGCGAGGAAGCCCAAGCGGAUCCGCACCGCGUUCUCUCCGUCUCAGCUGCUGCGCCUCGAGCGAGCCUUCGACAAGAACCACUAUGUGGUCGGAGCCGAGCGGAAACAGCUCGCGAACAGCCUCAGUCUAUCCGAGACUCAGGUGAAGGUCUGGUUCCAGAACCGCAGAACCAAGUAUAAGCGACAGAAGCUGGAGGAAGAGGGUCCGGAGUGCACACAGAAGAAGAAGGGAACCCACCACAUUAACCGCUGGAGAAUUGCCACCAAACAGGGUGGAUCUGAGGACAUAGAUGUCAUGUCUGACGCCUAAGACCAACCUAAACACUACCCAAAUGAACACAAGACCAAGAAAAGCACUAUUAUUUAAUGUUAUUAGUCAUGAUAUCUCAGAUUCUAAACCUAACCGCAGAGAACCUGACCAUGUGAGUGUGGUGAUUGUGAAUUGAGGAUGAAUUUAACAGGUCAGCAAGUAAUCUACACCCAGGACUGAACACUAUAGUUGUUUAACAUACUUCUGCUGGAAUUAUCCAAUGUUUGAGACAUGCAUCACCUUUAAGAAGAAGCCAUCUUAUAUAUUCACUCUUUUUUAUUUUAUUUUAUUUUUGGAAGAAAUCUUAUUUAAAACUAACAAUGAAGUUAAUUAUCACAAGUCAAUAUUUUUGAGUCUGAUUAUUUUGUUGUUUCUUUGUAUAGUCGGUUACUAAAAUGGACAUUUAUUUAUUUCAAUAUGACGUUGCCUAACAUGCUAAAUUCAUCAAAAAAUGGAAAGAAAGAAAGUUCCAAAUGCUUUAAGACAUGCUGGUGAAAUUGGUGGGAUCUUUUGGUAAUUAUAGCUACUAAAUAAGGUUAAGUGAUGUGAGGAAUCAGUUUACCAGCCAGUUUUAACUUGAGCCAUCCUGUACCCACAGCAUAGGGGCAAGGGUGUAUAUGUCUGUAAAUAAUGGUCUCUGUAUCUAUAGGAGUGUAGGAAUUGGUGUUAGAGUGUUCGAGUGUAACAGGAUGAGUGCGUGUGUGUGAGUGAUUUGCGUGAUGUCAUUCAGUAGGCUGACUGGUAAAUACAGGCUGAUGUAUGCUGGUUUCUCUGUAACAGCUCCUGGAGUUAUAAACUAAAAGCGAAUGUUUGCCAAUUUACACAUUAGCUUCUUUUGUGUUCCUUCAUCUCAUUUUCAAGCAAAACAUGAUCAAAAAUGUCCAUAAUUAAUAAAGAUGUUUCAGAGACAAGCAGCUCACACCUUAUUGUUCCCCCCAAAAAGUUUUUAACCUAUGAAAAAUAAUGUACCCUUUUUAAAUGUUUGCACACACACUCACACACUCAGAAAAGAGGAUAACGCCUGCCGGCAAUUUUCCUCUCAUCUCACCAUGCUUACUUCCUCUCA